CGUAUUUCUAUUUUUAUGAUUACCAGGUAAUAAAUGGACAGCUAUGCGUUGGGCGAGCACACUCAACUUCUCAAGCCUCAAAGUCUAAUUCCCAGUAUUCAGUAUUCACGGAGCAAACGUGAGAGAGAGGAGCAGAUAGGGAAAAAGAAAAGAAAAGGCAAAGUCCUUUCAUUGACUUUUGUCGGUGUAUCCAUUGGGUGAGUUUAUCUUGGUCAUUCCGUAUUAAGAUUCCAGUUUAAUCAAGCCUUUCCCCCAAUUCACUGUGCGGAAUUCUGUUAGGAAAUGAGUUCGGAUCAGAAAGUGCAUAGCUUUGAGGAGGUCUCCAAGCACAACCUGACCAAAGAUUGCUGGCUUAUUAUCCAUGGAAAGGUUUAUGAUGUCACUCCAUUCAUGGAUGAUCAUCCAGGAGGCGAUGAGGUUUUGCUUUCAGCAACUGGGAAGGAUGGAACCAAUGAUUUUGAGGAUGUCGGGCACAGCGAUGACGCAAGACAGACAAUGGAGAAAUAUUACAUUGGGGAGAUAGACCAGUCCACGGUUCCAAAGAAGCCUUAUUACACAGGCCUACAUCCACAAGCUCCGGAAAGCUCCGACAGGUCUCCGGAUUUCGUGGUCAAGAUUUUGCAAUUCCUCGUACCCCUUUUGAUAUUGGGAUUGGCUUUUGUAGUCCGACACUACACCAAGGAGAAGUAAGCUAGUAGUACUCCAUACUCCUUAGUAAUGACUUUGAACCUGGUACUGUACGCUUGCCAUGUUCAUCAUUGAGCUCAUGGCCAGUAAUGAUAAUAAAUUAUGAAGUGUUGAAAGGGGGAGGAUUUUCUCCCAUGUUUUGUUUCCUUCUUAGACUCUAUUAUAGUGAUGCGUUCGUUGGCCAUGCUGUGCCUGCAGAAAUGACGUUUGAUUGUGUUCCCUUGUUUGCUAUACAACGGAAUCCUUCUGUCAUGUUUCUUAGGGUCUGUUUUCAAC